GUCCAAAGUCUGCGCUGCUGAAGUGAGUGUUCUUGGAGGCGCACCAUCAUGGGAACCAAACCGUGGCUGAGUUUAGUUGCACUGCUAUUCGUAGCAAACCAAGUCAAUGGAUGGUAUAUCUUCACUUUCAAAAAUGGAUCUUAUAAUGGUGUAACUUCUGUUUCGAAUGAUGUUGAUCUGGGUAGCCUGAGCUUAAAUGUAACAGGAAUUGAUGAGGUGCAAUUCGGUGCCCCAAAUUUCAGUACACUAACACUAGAAAUGCAAUCAUGGAUCAUCAAUGUAGGGAAAUUUAGUCUACAAAGUGAAAAUGUUUCAACUGUUUAUGUAGGUGCACAUUUCGUAUCUUUCUCCAUUGAGCGUGGCCCAACAAGCACUGUGGUAAUCGACCCAAGCAGCAUUUAUGAAACAGAACAAUUUAGACUGAGCAACGGACAGUUAAACGAACUUCCUAAAAAUUUACUGGCGAUGAAAAAGUUGAAAAUGGUGGAUUUCAAAAAUAAUCAGAUAGAAAUUGUCAACAUGGAGGAUUUUUCUGGUUUAAAAUUUCUUGAACAAAUAUGUUUAUCGAAAAACAAAAUAAAGAAGAUGAGCGUAUUUCCAGCAGUUUUACCAAGAUUGGAAAGAUUUGACAUUAGCUAUAAUAAGCUCGAAAUAGUGAAUAUGUCACACUUUAACAGUUUCCCCAAUCUUGAAACUAUAAACUUGGCUAGGAACAGAAUCAUAGAGAUAUCAUCCGAUCCAGUAGAACUCCCAAAUUUAACAGAAUUCGACGUAAGCUUCAAUCGACUAAACGAAAUCAGUUUCGAACAUUGGAAUACUUCUUCUGUAAAGCAAAUCCACAUAGCUGUGAACCGAUUGACAAUGGCACAUGGCUUUCCUAAGGUAUUUCCAGCUUUGCAGCAAGUAUCACUUGUUUCGAAUCCUUUCAACUGUGACUGGCUUGAUACAACGCAAGACGAACUGAAAAGUCGCAAUGUUGAAAUUGAAGAAUCAUCUAUGGUAACGUGUGACAAGUCGGUAACACUUUUGGAAGAUUUUAAAAAGAUCAUCAAGCAGUUGCAAUCGCAGGUAGAACUUUUGAAACCUUCCUCAAACCAAAAUGGACCCACUCCGAGCGGAGCUGGAAAUCAGAAGCAAUUUGAGCGACAAAUUUGGCGAAUGGAGCAAAAGUUGGAAUCGUUCGAUAAAAUGAGCAGUUCAAUGGAACACCCGACGGGGGUGUUUCUUCAAAUUGCCGCCAGGUUCGCUUUUGUUGUACUCUAUAUCCCUCUUCUGGUACAUUUGAUGAACUAAAUUUUUACCAAUAGAUAGCACCACUGUGAAGUAAACAGUUACCGUACGGAGUAGUAAUAUUGGUUUUAAAUAAUUUUAAUAAAAAACUAUGUUUUUCUCGCAGUUUUCUAACUAAACUAUGUAAAAGUUAGCAGAACUAUACUUUCUGCAGUGCAAUAUUUUUUUCUUGUCGUAUUAUUGUGAUAUUUGCCCAAAAUCAGGAAAAAAAUAAUUUUUAUUUUGAUACCGUAUGGUGGUACUGUACGGUAGGAUUUGUUUAUGUUUACUGCUGUUGUUGUUGUUGUUUUUUUUCUCGAUUUUCUUCGUUCCUUUUCGCGGUAAGAUUGCCGAAUCUUCAGGAGUUUGAUGUUUC